CGCCGCCGUCUCUUUUGAAAGACCUUACCUUUUCCGGCUGCUCUUUAUCCACCAAUUCACACUAAUCACACGCAAAGCUCAUUUCUUUCUUUCUUCUCACCAUCUCCCACUGCUCCCCGCUUCGAACCUCCCGCUCUCUUUCUCUAUAUUCGUAGUCUCCGACCAUUCUAUGCCGUUAUCACAGCCGGCGCUCCGGCGAGGAUGUCGUCGACCCCCGCGCGGCCGUUAGAUUCGAUGAAUCGAUGGAUUCGAGAGAACUACGCUGCUCCGAUUGAUUCUAUCAAGUUUUUAUUUAGGAUUGCCUACGUAGCCUUCGCCUUCUGCUCUGCGCUUUUGAUCGGAGCGCUUAAAGGGAUAGUGGUCGGACCGAUAGCGGGUUUGCUGCUGAUUUUGGGGAAUAUUGGAGUAAUUCUCGGUCUCUUUCCCGCUCAUGUAGCCUGGACACUCUACUCCAUCAUCAAGACUAGUCGGAUCAAUGCGGCUCUUAAAUUGGCUGUUCUCUUCGCUCUUCCAAUAUUAUCUUGCCUGUGGUUAGCUCUUAGCAUCGCCGGGAGCAUCCUCAUAGGAAUUGGCUAUGGUUUCUUCGCUCCAUUGGUAUCCACUUUUGAGGCUUUCCGGCACAACACUGAAAUGAAGAAGUUUCUCCAUAGCAUUGUGGAUGGAACAUGGGGAACCAUCAAAGGGAGCUGCACAGUGGUUAGAGAUUUUGCGGACUUUUGCUACCAUUCGUAUCCUCUUUACUUGAAAGAGUUUCGGGAAAGCACUAGCGAACAACACACUUACUCUAUAAGGUUGGUAGAGAUUCCAAAAUGUAUUGUUGUGGGUUUGGUGGGAUUGAUUGUGGAUGUCCCACUUUACACCAUCAUAGCAUUGUUAAAAAGUCCAUACAUGCUUUUUAAGGGCUGGCAAAGGUUGCUUCAUGACGUUAUAAGUCGAGAAGGCCUAUUCCUUGAAACGGCUUGCGUGCCUGUUGCUGGUUUGGCCUUUCUCGUUUGGCCUCUCAUUGUUGUCGGGAGCAUUCUUUUGGCUAUUUUAUCAAGCAUCUUUGUUGGUUUGUAUGGUUCGAUAGUUGUAUAUAAGGAAAGAUCUUUUAGAAGGGGAGUUGCUUAUGUUGUCGCCAUUGUUGCCGAGUUUGAUGAAUACACGAACGAUUGGCUGUAUCUACGAGAAGGUUCUCUUCUUCCAAAGCCAAAAUACCAACAAAGGAGUAGAUCUUACUCAUCGGAAUCUUCAGUAGGAGCGAGCAUGAGAAGAGGAGUAAAGAAUGGUUCUGUCCGUCAAGAUGCGCCCGCACUGUUUGUGCCUACCUUGGCCCCUUCUAGAUCUGUUAGAGAGACAAUCCAAGAAGUGAAGAUGGUGCAGAUAUGGGAGGAGUGGAUGAAGUGCAUCGAACUACGGGGCAAAGAAGUCAUCGAUGCAAAUAUAGUUACUGAAUUUGAGCUGACUGAAUGGCUAAAGGCUAAAGAAGCCAAACAUGAUAUUAUUGGUUUAGGUUUGCCUGCUUAUGCAUUUUUGCACUCUUUGCUAUAUUCUAUUGAGGCUGGUUCCAAUGGACUACUGUUGAGCAAUGGCAUCGAAGUCAACCACCAAAACCGGCCCCACGAGCGGCUUUUAGAUUGGUUUUUCCACCCUGUUAUGGUACUCAAGGAGCAAAUCAAGGUCAUUAAAUUGGAGGUGGAGGAGGUGAGGUUUCUGGAGAAGUUGGUUCUUUUUAAUGGCGAUAAUGUGAGCAUGCAAUCAUGGGAGAAUGGAUCUGUGGCUCCCCAAGAUGCUCUAAAGACGGCUCAAAUACAGGCUAUUAGCCGGAGGCUGGUGGGCAUGAGCAGAACUAUCACAAAAUUUCCAACUUACAGAAGAAAAUACAGACACGUAGUGAAGACUCUGAUUGCAUACUGCCAAGAGAAUGAAGUCCCAGGCUCCACAAAAAUGCAGUCCAACAGAUCAGCAUCCUCAGCUGAGAUUGCUCCACCUGAUGUCUAGCCUUUUUCUUGUGUCAUCUAACUUCAUCUCUCUAUAUAUAUAUAUAUGUAAAACGUCAAAAUACUCCCGUUACAGUUUGCAUGAGGUCAUUCUAGUCCCAAAAUUUAUAAUAGUGCUAAAUUAGUCGCCAAAUUCUUUAAAUUGGGACUGAAAUAGUUCUCCGUGAGAACUAUUUCAACCCAUGUUGAAAAAGUUUGGGACAAAUUGAUGCUUUUAUAGACUUUGGGACUAAAUGACUGCCUGCAAAAAAAUCAGGGGACUAUUUUAACCCUUUUCAUAUGUAACAUUCAUUGCUUGUGUUAGUUUUGAAUAUUUGUUUGGUUUUAUUCAACACAGGAGUGAGUGUAAAUAGCAUUGCAGUGUGAAAUAGAGGGAUUGUUGAGAUCCAGCUUUGUAUGUAGACACUUUUUUGUUUUUUGUUUUAUUUUUUU